AUGAAUGUAACAAAAAGUGAAAUCCAAGGUCUUGCUGACUUCAAACGUUUAAUCGAAGGUUAUUUACUUUCUUGCGUAUGUAUAAUUGGUCUUAUUGGUAAUUCAAUCACAUGUUUAUCAAUAUUAUCUAAUCGUAUACGUCGAUCAUCUCCAACAGAUAUUUUUAUAUGUAGUCUUUCAUUUACAUCAAUAUUUGUUCUUGCUGGAUUUUUAUUAACACAUGGUAUUCGUUCAAUAUUUCAUCAAUAUGGUGAAAAACUUUAUCAUUAUUUAUUUAUACGAAUUUUUCCUCCUCAUAUAACAUUUUUAUUAAUACAAAUAUAUUUAACAGCAGCUAUAUCAAUUGAUAGAUAUUUAUUAAUAUGUAGUUGGCGUACAAUGACAUAUCGAAAAUGGCGAACAUCAAAACGAAUGCUGUAUAUUAUAAGUGGUAUAACAAUAUUUUCUAUUAUAUAUUGUUUACCAUUUUGGUUUGAAUAUGUUGUUAUUAAUAAUGAAUAUAUUAGUUUAAGUUCAAUUGGUUCACAUCCAAUAUUUCGUUUAUUAAUGAGACAAUAUCUUUAUUUUAUAUUUAUUUUUCUUUUACCAAUGUCAUGUAUAAUAACAUGUACAUUAUCAAUUGUAUAUACAUUAUAUAAACAUACAAAAACAAAAUUUAAAUCUCAUUCAAAUCCUUGUCGAAGAAAAAAACAUUCAAGAAAAAUUAAUACAUUAUUAUUAUCAAUUAUGAUUAUAUUUCUAGUAACACAAUUACCAUAUUUUAUAUAUAAUGUUAUAUAUGCAUUAGAAGGACCAAGUUUAAUGCAAAAUCUACGUGCUAGACAAUAUUUAGUUAUUAAUAAUUUACUUUCAACUAUUAAUGCAUCAGCAACUUUCGUUCUAUAUACACUUUUUGGAACGAAAAAAGUUACCUAUCCUCAACAAGUUUAA